AUGAGGAGUCUGCUGGCACCGCUGAUCGUGACUCUGGCCCUGGCAGCGCUCUGCUGUUGUGAGAAAGAUCCCAAAGACCCCUCAGGAUCUCCCAGUGCUGACAGCAUCAUGAUUAAAAAAGAAGUUGCUGAUGCCUUUGUGAAGAGGCAGAAGAGAUCCAGCCUGUAUGAAAGGUAUGUUGAGUAUUACAAAAGUCCAAUGGAGCAGAUGCAUGAGCGUUGUGAAAACUACCCACCCUGUGACUAUCUCUCUGACCAGAUAGGAUUUUCCAUGGCCUACAACCGUUUCUUUGGGAGAUACUAA